AUGGCCCGAAAGAAGAGCAGAUCUCGCAUAAACCGUGAGAAAAGUAGCGAGAUCAGCUUGAAAAAGUCAAAAUCCGACCGGGGCACCAAAUCCAGGUCGAAAUUAGGGAGAAAAAGUUCAAAAAAGAGCCGUACAAACCGCGGGAAGAGUAGCGACGUGAGUCUUAAGAGGUCGAAGUCCGAUCAAGGCAAAAAGAAAUCGAAUACAUCGGACACUUCGUCCAUAUGGUCUAUAGGGAAAAAGAAAAAACAUAAAAAAGGGGACUCGGAACCCGAUUUUUCCAUAUGGGACUCGGAAUCCUCGGUUAAAACCACCCCCAGUACCACCGCGACUAGUGUCACCAGUGUUCCGAGCACUACCGCUACCACUAGAUCGGAAGAUAUUAGUCAUAUCGAUAGUUACAUAAGAAGUAUUUCUGAUUAUGAGUUAAGUGUGAUGAAAUUUGACGAUUGUCCCGACUAUUUCGUCUGUAAGGAGGACCGAACCGGCCGAGACCCAAAAAUGAUUAGAGUUAGAACCUCCGGAUUGGGUCUGCUGUUUGUUGGUUUCCAAUUAAUAAUUAUCCUGCUAACCGCGGCAAUGGGGGUCCUUUUAGCCAUAACGAUUAACUUUUGGACUUAUUAUCAGAACCUCCAAAGUUAUUCAAGUAAAUCGUCGUUCAGUUAUUGUUUGGACGAUUAUCAGGCCGAUGUCACCGAAAUCAGUCCCCUGAUGGCCCAAACUAAUUUGUGGGCCACCGAAUGUCUCAAUUAUUAUGCCCCUCAGCAACUGUUUAGUUACGAUAAGAAGACGCAGCAGAUUUCUAAACCGAGAAGAGCCAUCGUAAGGGAUGGACAAAGGAUGUGCUUGGAAGCCAUGACAAGCAGUGUCGUGUCACUAAACUAUUGCCACCCCAAGAAGAAAUCCCAAAGAUGGACCCUUUUUGCCGACUGGUUCAUAUACAAUCCACUUUUCGAUGCAUGUCUGACAAUGGUUAAGGGAGAAAAAGGACCUGCGGCAAAAAAAGUGAAACUGGCCAACUGCAAUGCCACCAAUAAGGCAUAUCAUUGGAGAUGUUUAAAGCCGUUGUAUCCCGAAAGACCGCCGCCUCCAGCAACACUACCUGAAGAUAAGGAACCGGCACGAGCGUUUUCUAAAAGACAAAAACGACCACCAAUUUGACCACAUGUUCAAUCGACAUCUACGCAAACAACUUUUGCAACUACUUAUUAUCACUAUCAUUACUAAUCAACACUAUUAAUGAUGUAGGAGAUGUGUCUAAUAACUCCAAAGGUACCAUCUUGGAGUCUAAAAGUACAGUCCAGGCAGGCAGUGUGACCAACUUGAAAGAUACUACUACUUUAGAGUCCAAAUCUACAGUAGUAGACAGCUCACAAGCUACACACUCAGUAGGAAGUACCAUUUUGGCAUCCACAAGUAUAGUCCAAGUGUGGUCAACUCUGCGACCCCUAUAAAACCAAAAAGCU